AUGGCAACAGUGAAUGUUGCGAUCCGGCCAAGUCAUAACUCAGCCGAGGGCCGCAGGGUACUCGUUUGCACGACGCACAUCAUUGAGAUGGCAAUCGUUCCGCCUCGCGUCGUCCUGUCGCACAAUCCUUCCUUUUUUGGAGCGCCGCCUCGACACGCGACCGCUUACUGUAGCCUGAGGCGUCGAGACUUCCGUCGUUCGUCCAUUCGAUCUUUUGUAGCGAGUGGAGUACCAGCUCCUGAGUACCAUCGAAAAGUCUUGGCACAAGUUUUUUCCCUCUACCUAGUCAGUUUGAAACAUCGAGUAAACCUUACCAUUUCCAGAGUUUGGACUUAUGUGAGGGUAAUGUUAAAGAAAAACAUAUGAAUCUUUCAUAAUUUUAGCAGUGAAUAUAUAAGUUAAGCUGACAAUAUCGUAGAAUUUUCCUUUGAAUUCAGUAUGCAAUCAUUUGGAUAUGGCUAUAAAAGAGCUGUUGGGAAAAAUUUUCACUUUUCCAAGAUUUGAGCAACAAUCGACUCUUUCUUUUCUUCUUUUUCAAGAUCCUUCGAGGUGCUCGUUUUUUCAAUUCUUUUUUCAGUUUCCCUCAGAAAAUCCUUUUUUCAGAUUCGAAAUGGAGAAGAAGCAACUCCAAGAGAAGAAGAGACGUGACAAAAUCAACAAACUUCUGGAGAAGCUCAAAAACUACGUCGUCAUGUACUUUCCGCAGGACGGGUAUUCUGACCAUCGCGAAAAUCGCAAAUAAUCAAUCUUUGCUCAGGUCAAAACUGGAGCAGGCCGACGUUUUGGAGAAAGUCGUAGUUAUCAUCAACAGAACCCAGAAUGGAGGUCCUGGGAAAAGUCAGUUUUUUAAUAUACAUGUUUUUUUUAUUUUUUCAUGAAAAUCCAACAUCAAAGUUUUUUGUCUUUCUUUUUUAGAAAAAAAGGUGAAGGCCGGCUGAAAUUUCGAUCAAACUGUGUUUAAGCGCGCUUCAGGUCUUCUUGUUUCUGAGAUGAUACAAACUCUCUGGAAUGACAGGGUCCUGACGUAAUCUUCGGCCUAAUUUCAUCGAAAGAUCGAGAAAAAGCUCCCUUGUAAAAACUCAAAAAAACGGUUGAUUCUUAUCAGUCCUGAUUUCAAAAAUUCGGGCCAAGUUUAAAUUCUUACAAUGACUAAAAAAAUAAAUCACAUUAUUUAAUAUUAAUUCUAAAGUCAAAACUCUCGAGUUUCAAAUGAAAUGUUUUUGCAGGUUUUUUUGAGAGUCUUGAAAAAAAUAAAGAAGUUUUUCACUAUUUUUUUCUAAAAAAACUCCAAAGUUUCGGGUAGAAAGACUUAGAAAUGUUUCGAAGUCAGAUUCAUUUCCGCGCUCUGUGCUUUAGAAAUAGAAUUAUUUGACUCGCGACCGCGUUUUUUAGGUAUCCGUUACGGUAGUCACUUCUCGGACAGCACGCGAACGACUCCUUCUCCCAACUUCAACGAUUCCGAUCGGAGGGUAUAGCUUUCUCUUGAAUAGUCUUCAUUCCAUCAUAAUACGCUUCCGAAGAUAAUUGAAAUCUUCUCCGGAAUAAUAUAAGAUUUUAGGCGAAGAAGCAGCAACUGGAACGAGAUCGGAGGCUCCGGAUGAAGAAAGCCGUGGAAGUUUUGCGCUCAUUUCUCGUCCAACACCGUCCGCAAGACAAAAGGUUCUCAAUCACGAGAUCUAAUUGAUUUUGUGCCGAAGUUUGCAGAACUUACGAUUUUUAAACUAUUUCAAUGCUUCAAAUAGCUCGUUAGAGGAGGGUCCAGUUCUCGAUAAGUUGAACUUUAAGGAAAGUUCAAAAUAGAAACAAGUUUGACCAUAUUUUAAACUGAACCAUGUUUGCUUCUCGAAUGACUCCGGCAACUCGUGAAGAGCAGAGUUUCUAUUCAAAAUUUAAAAAUCCAGUCUUUGUAAACGACAUACCGGGUUUCACAUCAAUCUUUUAGCAGAAUGUACGCGAAGUUGGAAAAAGCGGACGUCUUGCAAGGUGUGCUAAACUAUCUGGACCAGUGCCACGGCUCGCCGCCAGAGCUCCAGAAUCCAGGACUCGAGCUCCGCAACCCCGAGUCUGAGCUCCUGCUGGCGCCUCGCUUCGACAUCUUCAACCUGCUGCUUUGGACACCGAACCUGGGCCCGAAGGAGCCUGGCUACGACUCUUCGAGCAGUCCCAUCUCUUCGGAGGCCUCCGUCAGCUCUCUGGAGUCGCCGCAGAAUACCUGUAAAGGCUCUCAGAAACCCCUGGAGAAGUCACUUACGCCUCCAACGACGCCUCGAAUUUGGCAGCCUUGGUUGUAG